AUGGCGAUGGAGGAUAUCUGGACUUCAUCAAUAACCCAUACAGGGAAGAAGAAGAAGCCCGAGCUCUUGAGAGCUCAGCAGGAGGAAUCGUGCGGCCAAACUGCACGUGGAACUAAUGCAUCCAAACAUGCUGUAACUGCCUACACAGGAGAAUCAGCCAGCGCCUCCCUCCUCCCUUCCAGCUCAGAUCUGGCUCUUAUGCUGACCAGCCACACCCAGAGGAGGAUCCAGCAGUGUCUGGGGCUCCACCUGUUAAGCACGGUACUUCAUCUAGUGAGGCUCCCCAUGUUGUACAAGUACAUGCUGCCCCACCUGGACCACACGACUUUUCACAGUCCAGAGCCGCAGGUCCUACACAGCCUCAACUUGAGGUAUUUCCGCGGACCAUGCAAGGCAACAGGAAGAGGUCCUUCAAAAGCGAGGGGUUUAAACAACACCCAUGGCUUGAGUACUCCCAAAACCAAAACUUUGCGUACUGUUUUGCAUGUCGACACUUCUCUUUGCCAAACACCCCAGGGUCAACACAAAUGUAACGAUGGUGACAAGGAUUCCUUUAGGAGGACAAUCUUCUACCCCAUUGUGGACACCAUACUUGGAGAGUUAAACAGGCGCUUCUCCAAAGACAAUUGUGAAAUAAUGAGAGGAAUACAAGCUUUGGACCCCAAAAGCACAUGUUUCCUUCAAGAGGAAGUAGUCUUUCGCCUGAGAGAAAUUUAUGAAAGGGACUCUGAAGAUCUCAGUCAUGAACUCCACCAGAGAAGGAGGCUUUUGCAAAGGAAACAGCAAAGUGGGAUGCCAAACUUUUUCUGUAUUGUUGAACUUGCAGUGUUCUUUGAACCUCACAAGGAUGUUUUUCAUGAGCUUUUUCGUCUGUGCAAGAUAGCCAUAGCCCUCCCAGUAAGCAGUGCAGCAUGUGAGCGCAGCUUCUCAGCCCUUAAACUCAUCAAGACCCAUUUGCGCACAACAAUAACAGAUGACAGACUGAGCAACCUGGGUGUUCUCAGCAUUGAGUCUAAAAGAACAAAGUCACUUGACAUGGACAACUUUUUGCUACCAUUCACCAAAACAGGAGAAUUCAUCUGAUGUAAAAUGGAUGAACACAGAAUUUGUCUAAUGGUCUUGUUUUUUUUGUAGUUAAAGGUUUGUUUGGUUUGUUACAACUGUUUGUGUAAAAUUAAAAUAAGCUAUAUUUGGUCUGGCCUAAGU